GGUUCCGUUUAAAAAGAAGACUAGUUCAGCUUGUUGUACAACUUUCGUUGGCCCAGUUAGCUUGUUUACAGUUGAUACUUUGCAUGAAUCUGGCGAAAGGUUGUAUUGAGCUCAACAGCCAAUCGAAGUGCACCUCUAAUGCGAGUGGCCUUUCGGUUUCGUUUUCAUUGAACAAACAAGGUGCAACCAGAGCCCGUCUACGGAUAUUAUUAGACAUUCUCUGGUGCAACUAAAGACCACUGUGUGUAACUAGCCUACCCCAAACAAGAGCCCGAAACGGACAACCUGGAGAAACGUUGGAAAAACAUCUGGUGAAAAUGGCCAUGAACGGUCGUGAUUCACAAGGAGAUCAUAGGUCUAUGGAAUGUGAUGUACCAGGAAGCAAUCCUCCCACAGGUCCACCUAAGUCAGCUGCAGUAGGGCCUUCAAACCAGGGCACUGACAUUCACCAUGAGCAACAAUCACAAAUGCAACAAGACUUGUCUUCCCAAGCUGAUGGAGAAGCAGCGCCACACAGAGAGCUGUUCCCCACUACAGGAUCUUCAUCUGGUGUUGUAGACCCAGCAGUAACACAGGCACACAAUCACAGUGAUACUCCCCAAAGUUCUACGAUAUCUGAGCAACAGGCCCCCUUGACCCAAGGAAAUUCCAGUCAUCCUUCCACAUAUAGAGAAACAACAAGUUCAGUCCCAAAGAAAUUCACUGAGCCUCCAGGAAUGACAACAAAUACCCUGGAACAAAUACCAAGAGCACAAGAACAGUAUGGCCAGAUGUCACAACAGAGUCCCUUUGGCCAAGGUUCCCAAGAUCAGGAUGAAAUGAAACCAUCAGAGGAUCUGAUGCAGCAGUCUCCCCCCCAAGAUGUUGCAGCGGUCCUUGUGCAAAUAAAAUGCAAACUAAAAGAACGGUCACAAAAAUGGCAAAUGAGUUUACAGAAGGCCCUCCAGACAUUUUGCAGUAAACUUCCUGGGAAUGUUGAGAUUUGCCGCCUACACAUUUUGGACACCAUUUCAGAACCAUUUUCAGCAAAGAUUAUCGUAAACUCUUCAUCAGCCUGUGAAAUGCUGUUAACCGAAAAGACAGUAACACUAAAGCUAAAGGACAUAAAUGAAGAAGCUACGGUGAACUUCAAAACUGAAGUACCAGUAGAUGAGCCAAUAGAUGAGCCUUUUCCAGUGCCAGCCGCGGAUAAAUAUAUGGAAAAAGCACAAGAGAUCCCAAUAACAGUGAGUGCGGUUGUGGAUGUCAAGAAGUAUGACCCUCAUCUUGCUAAUGAACUCCUGAGGAAAUUCAGACAACACAUUACACAGGAUAGUAUUCUCACUGUGAGCGGGACCUUUGAAAAGGUGGAAGAAUUUUACAAGGAAUUCCGUCAAGUUGUUGGACAGCCAAUAACAAGUAAUACCCACACUGUGUCUGAACACACCAACCCCGACCAGAUGGAGACCAGUAGAGAGAUUAGUAGCGAGACUUUGAGGGUGCCACUGUAUCAGUAUUGGUACUUGAAUCACAUGCACAGGAAGGAAAUAGAAAGUAUUGAAGAGAAACAUGGAGUGACGAUCACAGCUGAUGUGUGUGUUUCAGUUGAAGAGACUACUGGAGCCAACAGCAAGUCAGUCACAAAUGCCUCUCAGGAAUUUCAAGAAAUGUUCCUGAAAUGCGCUGCUGAUAUUGUUAGUGUCCCAGUACCAAGUGUGGUUGAUUUGGUAAAGGAGAUUCAGAGCUUGGAUGACAAACUCAUGCUUAAUACCUCUGCCCAGAACGGGAAACUAGUAGGGCCACGUAAUCAUGUAGCCAUAGCACAGAGAGAGUUGAAUCUGAUGGAUUACAAGGAUGAUCCAAGAUCAAAGAGAUCUGAGAGUGCACGGCAGGACACAGCUCAAAACAUGAAUCUCCGUGAGAGAUGGGAUGCACCCAAAGUAAUUGAGAUGAACAUCAAGGACCCUCUAUUAUCCAAAGGGCUGCACAUUACGAAUGGCUGUUUGGAGCUCAUGAAGAAAGCUUUCAAGAAGCAAAUUAAAGAUAUUGAGAAUAAAUUUGGUGUUGACUUCCAGGAAAAGAAGACCGAUGAAGAUGUAACUAUCACAGCUCAGACCAGGGGGAAUCAAAUAGUCAAUCUGGAAAUGAAUGCCCUCAGGGCACUGAUGUCUCUUUAUCAAAAAGCGUUCACGACAACUAUGUACUGUCCUUUGCAAAACGCAUCUCACAACCAAACAGAGAUGGUAAAGAAGCAUCUCAGCGACAUCCGGGAACAAAAUUCAUCUCUUGUUGUUGCAGAUGGAUUACCGAGUGGAGUCUGGAUGAUGAUUGGCCUUCCAGAUCAUCUACGUUUUGCAGUAAGUGAAAUCGAGAAGAGGCUACCUGGACCUGUCUUUGAUGAAAAACACAAGGACAUGAUUGGAUAUGAGCGAGGUAUCGAGUUUUUGAGACCGUAUGUUGAUGGCCUAGCAUGGGAAGCUGUGAAAGGGAAUGAAGAAAUGGAGUGGGAACAUGGAGCAGCAGGUGGGGAAGGAGUUUAUGAGAAAAUGGGAGAGCAAGGAGGAGCAGGAUGGAAAGCAAAUAGGGGAUUUGAGGGUGGUGCAGAAGGAUAUGGAUCAUCAGUGUAUGGAGCAACCAGUACUGGUCUAUAUGGAGAAGAGGAACGAAAACUAGGAUCACCUGGGCGGAAGGCAGCAAAUGGAUAUGAAGGACAAGAACAGAGGGAGACAGGUUCAAGAGAAGGACCAAAUGGUAAUCACAAAGGACUAUCUGGAGGAAAAGAUGGAAGUGGACCCUCAGAGGACGAGACCUGCCCUAUCUGUAUGGACGAGUUUACCGACAAAGAGAAGCUGUCGUGUGGCCAUGCUUUCUGUAAGGACUGCCUUAGACAGUCAGUGGAAAGCAUGGGUGCCAGCUGCCCGGUGUGUAAGAAGGUGUUUGGAAAGAUUGUGGGAGACCAGCCAAAUGGAACGAUGACACACUAUACACAGAGUCUAUCCCUUCCUGGGUUUAAACGAUGUGGCAGCAUAGUCAUUAACUAUCAAAUUCCCAGUGGCAUUCAGUCGAACAAACAUCCCAAGCCAGGUAAACCAUUCCAAGGUACACAUAGAACAGCUUACUUGCCAGACAACAGGGAAGGGAGGGAGGUACUGGCACUCCUGAAGAAGGCCUUUGACCAGAGGUUGAUAUUUACAGUGGGCACCUCACGCACCAGUGGCACGGAUGACUGUGUGACCUGGAACGACGUCCAUCAUAAAACCAACAUCCAUGGAGGAGCACAAAGUUUUGGCUACCCGGAUGAUGACUACCUGAAGAGAGUGCGAGAUGAACUCAAAGCCAAAGGCAUCGAGUGAAGAAGCUGCCAUAUUAAAGGCUUAGAUUCAGACAGCAAGGGUGGAUGUCUGUGAUGGUAUCCAAGUAUUUAGUCUUCUGACCUUUCUGUUCUUAAGAUUACUUACAUAUUUGAUUAAUAUCGGGCUGUUUGAAUUGUGUGCGAUCAUAGCAAUGUUGGGAACUAGCAGGGAAAUCUCAAAAGUUUAUUCUACUGAAAAUGUCUUGGUUUUUCUCGCUGGGUUUUCCCCCUAAUAUCUUGUGAUGGAGUAUUAUAUAUAUUGGGGUCUUCAAAUCAACUAAAAUUAU